AUGGCGGGUAAGCAAUCUCGCCAUUUUUAGUUCUCGCAAUUUGACAAUUCCAGAAAAUUCUUCUUGUGCCAAACGAUGCCGUUCUCUCAUAAGACUAUCGGUUUUUCUCAUGGUCGCGGCGGUUUUGAUGAGUUCGGUUGUGGAUGGCCGUCGAAAUUUGAAAGAGCACUUCAAGCGCAAAACCCAUUAUGGCGAUUUGUGGGCUAAAUUUAUUGGUAAUUCAUGAAAAUCGAACUUUAAAUCAAGCUUUUGAUCGCAGAAAAUGUCAUCAAUUCUACAAUCGGACCACCUGCCCCUCCGACUGUUGCAGGAAAUCAGGUCCAAGGAUCAGGUUGGAAACUUCCUGAUUAUAAAAGUGUUCAAUAUUUUAAAUACAGAAAAUGCUAAAAGCUCAACUGAAACGAGCACGACAGUCGGACGGGGCACAAACGCAAACAACGGUAGACAAGAAUUUGUUAAAUGGAGAUUAGCAAUUUUCAUUUUUUAGGCUCGAUGUCAAAUGUGUCUACUUCUAACACGAGCUCUUCUUUGAUGCCGACUACUCUGACCAUCCCCACCUCAAGCACAACUGAGAUGCCCAACUCGACUCUAACUGCCAAUACCACUACUGUUGCAUCUACGACAACAACUGCUGACAGUACCGACACCACGGCUUCAACGACACAAUUUCCUACUACAGGUUAGUUCCAACUAGUUUCGUUUCACAGUGGUGAAUAAUAUAUAAAAAAUUUCAAGAAAAUAGCGCAACGCCAGUUUCGUCGAGUGGCACUGUGUGGCUUACUGAAACAACUAGUGGACCGAAGAGUAAGAAACAUGGCAUCGGAACAUUCCGAUGACGUUGAAAUAUUUAAGGUUCCGUGACGACCACAACUACAGCACAAACAUCUUCGGAUAUAUCCACUGAAAUCAGAAAUGCUGGUGCCAUCAGUUCAAGUUUGUCGAGUACAGGGUCGCUAAGUACUACACCAACUGAGAAAACUGAAAGUUCGACGGGAAAAGUAUCUUCUGUCGCUGUUUCAAUCACAAGCAUCUCUGCCGCUACUACCCCGGAUCCUAAAAAGGAAGAUAAUAGAAGUACCACUUCUUCAAAUGUUGGUCAACCAACUCCUCAAUCAUCGGGUGGCACAACGAAGAAUAUGACGUCGGCCACGGAAGCAUCAACUACUCAGUUUGGUGGUCAAACUGGUCCAGGACAGUCGACUACUCAAUCUGGUUCCGGAACGAACUCGACCACUGGAACAAUUGCGACAACAAAUUUGACAACGGGAUUACCAAUACAAUCUCCUGCUAGUACGGUUCCGGACUUGACCACAGUUACUGCUACCUCGAAGAGCACCACCCAAAGCACACAAAAUGGUACAGGUCAGUCGACUGCUACAUCUGGUUCCGGAACGCGAACCUCCAAAGGAGCAACCGUGGCAACAAACCCGAUAACGCUCUCUGUUGUUACUCCGGCAGCAAUUGAAACGACAACAGAUGCUAAAAGUACAACUGUGAAACCGAGAACAGCGACUCCAAUAACGACGAAUGCGCCAUCUUCAGUUCAACCCGUUACAAGUUCGUUUACUCUUCUCUUGCUAAAUUUCUUCCCUCACCAGAGUCUCAAGGUUUGCCAAUUGUAUUUUUGCAUACCAGUAACAACUAACAAAAUUACGUUUCAGCUACCCCUUCAACUGAAAAAACGAAAACAAAUACAGCGGAUCCGACAACUACUGUCACGUCGACCACUAUCAAAUACGCGACUACAACAACUACUGAAGACCCGGUCACCACCAAAAAAACUAUUAUCACUUCAACAGAGCCGUCUACGACGGUAAUCACAUCAUCUACUGCUCCGACGCUGACAACAGAAUCCGUGACUUCAACAACUACUGAGGAACCGGCUACCACCAAAAAGAUGAAUAACACUUCAACAGAGCUGUCUACGGAAUCGUCUACUUCCAUUCCAACGACUACUACCACUACGACUACCACUACUACCACUCCUGCGAGCACUAAGACAAUGAUCAUUCCGACAAAAACAAUCAUUACACCGAAACCAACUCGGCCACCUCAGCCAACAACACAACGUUCGGAUAAUGGAGACGAAUCGGAUGACGAAGAUGAUUCAGAUGUGGUCCCAACAACCGUCGGCUUUCUGGGUGCCGACCGGUUCCAAGAAAAUCUUGUCUGCAGUGUAAGUUACCAAAAUCCCAAAGCUCGAGAACUUAUUCGAACAUUGACUUUCAGAAAGAGGAUGACCAGACGAAGGCGGCUUGCGAAGGAAUCUGUGGAGUGGUGGCCGCUGGACUCAACAAUGGUUCCGGUGGAAGCAGAAUUGCCAAUAUCCUUCUCGGAGUGCUUUUGUUAAUUUUAAUUAUUGUCAACAUUGGAUUGCUUGUCUACCGGAUGACGAAAAAAAUGAAAGAACAUCAGCAGAAGUUGAGUGCAGAAGUGAACGGAGAGACCGGAUCGGAAAAACCAAAUGACGCAAAGGCCAAAGCGAAGGAUCCGAAAAACAGAGUUAGAAAGAGCAUUAUGCUUUUUGGAUGUACAGAUCACUUUCAGGCGGACAAUGACAAUAAGGAUGGCGAGAAGAGUGUAGAGGUUCCGUCGCCGCCGUCCAUCAAAAUCAACAACAAAAUGAGAACGCAACUGUUGGAGACGCAAGCGAAUCUGUUGAAGCUCAGAAACCAUGUGAAGAAAACGCAGAUGCAGCACAAAUCGGAGACUCGCAGCAACAAAUUCGUCAAAAAGGGACCUAUCUUCAUCCCGAUGGAACCAGAUGUGAGUAACUCUUCUCGAAAUUCUUUCCGUAUUGUUUCUUUUUUCAGAUUCCGCCACCUGCUCCAUUGGCUGAGAACAUUACUAUUGAAAAAGUUGUGUACGAUCCGUCUGGAAACGAAAUGUUUGACAUUGGAUCAGACGUGGACGAUAUCGAGAUGGACACAAGUCUGACAUUGGAUCCCGGACCGACUUUGACGGAAGAGGAAAAAUCAACGAAUAACAAGAAGACGCAGAGUAAUAAGAGCAAAAAAAGCAAGAAAGAUCUGGGGGAACAGAAGGAAGCAAAUGCUCCGAAGACUUUGAAGGAUCCGGUGAAGAGUCAGGAGAAUGCGAAGACGAAGAGUGGAAUGUCGAAGGAAAAAGCGUGA